CUCUGUCAACAUCCACACCGACCGACUCGGGACGCUACUCGGCACCCUCAUCAAUCCUACAGGGUCGGAAAGACCGGUCCGGCGGCGCGCGAGGGCUCGGUGGGGCACCCCGGGCCAAACGCGAUGCCGCCAAGGCCAAGACAAGAACAAGUAACACGGUCGCGCCCUUGUCGACUUCUUUCCUUCGACUCUUCAUCGAUACCAUGGCCGCGCCGUACACUCUUCGCUGGGGCAUCAUCUCGACGGGGUGGAUCUCGACCGAGUUUACAGAGGACCUCCUCGUUGACCCAGCCACCCGAAACGUGAAUGACGUCGCGCACGUCGUCGAGGCGGUCGGCUCGCGCUCGCUCGAGUCGGCACAAAAGUUCAUCGACAAGCUCAAGGCCGCGCCGGAGCCAUACGCGUGGGGCGUGGCCCGCGGCGCGCUCGACAAGACCAAGGCGCGUGCGAGCUAUCAGGAGGUGUACGAUGACCCCGACGUUGACGUCGUCUACAUCGGCACGCCCGUGACCCACCACCACAAGGACGCCAAGGCAGCCCUUCUGGCAGGCAAGCACGUCGUGUGCGAGAAGCCAUUCACGUUCGACCUCGCCGAGCUGGACGAGCUGAUCGCCAUUGCGCGCGAGAAGAAGCUCUUUUUGAUGGAGGCUGUGUGGACGCGCUUCCACCCCAUCUCGUACGCGGUGCAGGACGUGCUCGCGUCCGGCGUGCUCGGCCGGCCGCGGCGCUACGCCGCCGACUUCUCCAAGGACUUUAAGCUCGAGACCAAGCCGAUCAGCCACCGCCUGCUGGCGCCCGAGCUGGGCGGCGGCGGCCUGCUCGACAUGGGCCCGUACCCAUCCGUCUGGGCGAUGCUCACGCUCCACCAGCACCCGCUCAACACGAAGCGCACCCCGCCCAAGGUCGUCAACACGUACCAGACCAUCUACAGCCGCACGGGCGUCGAUGCGCGCUCACGCUGGGUGCUGGAGUUCGAGGAGCUCGGCGCAGAGGGCAUCCUCAUGACCGACAUGCUGUGCCAGAACUUCAAGGAGGGCGCCGUUGUGCUCCAGUGUGAAGAGGGCGACCUCGUCAUUGAGUCGCCGCCGCAGAAGCCGGGCGUGUUCCACAUCGUCCCGCACGAGGAGGUCGACGGUGUCAAGGAGCGCAGCACGCACGACUACACUAUUCCAGCUGCGCAAGGCCACGGGCUGGCGUUCGAGGCCGACGCGGUUGCGCGCUGUAUCCGCGACGGGCAGACCGAGUGCCCGCGCAUGCCUCUCGACGAGAGCCGUAUCGUUCAGAGCUGGUUCGACGCCGUGCGCAAGAACGGUCGCACCGUCAUGAGGGACAUGGAGGGGACCGCAGGGAAAUAGGCAGGCAGAUCGCUUCA